CUGGCAACCCAUACGUGGAGAUUUAAUACUUAACCGUUUUAUACAAUAAUUACAAUAUAUUCCAUAGCCAGUUAUUACAUUAAAAGAAUAUAGUAAUUUUUAUAUCUUGUUACCGUGCCUAUUAUUAGGUUUUGAUUAUGGUGCAAUACCCCUGCGGUUCUUUAACAACAGGAAUGAAAUAAUUAAAAAGUUUCAUUUUAAUGGAAAUGUCAAAACUGAUGUCAAUUAAUGUGUACUCUGCACUCGCUACUCGUGGUUGUGUUUACUAUUUACUACAGUAAUACUUAUCCCUAUAUUAUAUAAAUUAAAAUACGACGAAAAGCAUAUAAAAAGACAUAUAAAUGUUAAAUAUAUACACUUUUGAAAAGGUUAUCUAUUCUGAUAUCAGAAGCAUACUAUUAUUUAUAUAAAAAAAGCAUUCGCAAUCAUAAUGAGUCGAAAACAAAGUAAUUUGAAAAAAAUAAAAUCCCUGUGUUAUUUGACAUUAGGGGGAUCCCUGUCGUACCAAAUAAUUUAUUUCAAAAAAGAUUUCAAUGGCUAUUAUGACAGUGUAUUACAACCAUUGAGUCAACGUCUCAAUCCCGAAUGGGCCCAUAAAAUUGGUGUAUCAGCGCUUAAGUACGGAAUUUUUCCUACUGAAAAUUUUGAAGAUCCUAAAGUUUUAAAUACAAAGUUCUUAAAGUACCAACUUAGUAACCCAAUUGGUAUUGCAGCUGGCUUCGACAAACAUGGUGAUGCCAUAACAGGGUUAAGAAAUAUAGGUUUUUCGAUAGUGGAAAUUGGAUCAAUAACACCCGAACCACAGCCUGGUAAUCCAAAACCUCGAGUAUUUAGGCUACCAGAAGACAGUGCAGUUAUUAAUAGAUAUGGUUUCAACAGUGAAGGUCACAAAGAAGUAUAUGACAAAAUUAGGAAUAUAGACAAGGCUUUGCUGCAAAAUGGGCUCUUGGGAGUUAAUUUGGGCAAGAAUAAAAAUUCUAAUGAUGCUGUUCAGGAUUACAGUUUAGGAAUCAAGAAAUUUCAAAAUAUAGCUGACUACUUUGUUAUAAAUAUAAGCAGUCCUAAUACUCCCGGUUUAAGAUCACUGCAAAAUAAAAACGAGCUACAGGAACUGUUAGCUGGUGUCAAUAAAACAUUAAACUCAUUAGAAGGAGCCAAGAGGCCACCUCUCCUUUUGAAACUGGCACCAGAUUUGACCCUCGAAGAAAUGAAAGAUAUUGUUUCUGUAAUUACAAAGAAAGAAACAAAAGUUGACGGUCUAAUCAUAUCCAACACCACAAUUGAAAGACCCUCCCUCAUUAAUCAAGAGUUUUCAUCGGAAACAGGUGGUCUAAGUGGAAAGCCCCUGACAAAUAAAUCUACUGAUAUUAUAAGAACUAUGUAUAAGCUAACAAAAGGUAGCAUACCCAUAAUAGGUGUAGGAGGAGUGUUCACGGGUCAAGAUGCUUAUGAAAAGAUAUUAGCCGGGGCAAGUGUUGUGCAAAUAUAUACAGCUCUCAUUUAUCACGGUCCUCCUGUCGUUACCAAGAUUAAAUCGGAGCUAGCUCAGUUGUUGUUAAAAGAUGGUUAUAAUGAUGUUAGUUCCGCUGUUGGUAAAGGUGUAAAAUAACAGAAAUUGACAAUUAUUUUUGAAGAUUAUAAUUGAUAUAAAUAUUUUCUAAAUAAACAUGACUACAAUAGUAAACUUGAUUUUAACAUUUUAUAAGGCCGUCUUCAUUUAUGUUUAACUCUUAACCUGUUCUUCUCGAUCUGAAAUAAAUAUUUUAAAGAUAUUUUAAUUUUUAUAAAUAAAAUGUAUCUACAACAGACUAUUUACCUAGUAUUUUGCAACUUGGCAGCUGAGACUGAAGAUACUGUUUACAUUCA